AUGACAGCAACAAAAUCGUCCAUCUAUCGCCUCGGCAACAUCAUCAUCGGAAAGUCGAUCAUGCCCAUCGCUCCUCCCUACCCGGCCGCAAAGAUUACGACAAAGGAAUGGACCCUCCACCCAGGCGUGUACACCCCACGCCAACUCGUCCAGGGUUUCGCACCGCUCCUCGACACAGUCCUACACCACCUAAUCCCAGACCCCGAUCCAGUAUCCAACUCGAAAAAGCCGCGCGCUCAGCUCCUCGACAACAUUGCCGCAAUCCUCUCGACAGAUACCCGCGAGUCAUCCCUCCCAUUCCCCGAACACGUUCCGGAUACGAGCCGCCGCGAAAUUCGUGACCAGGCACGGCGGAUUGGGAAACAUCUUGUGAAAUGGGCAUCGGAAGAAAACCAGAAGCCAUUUUUUGACCCCGACCUUGUCCUCCGAAGUCGAUGCGAAGGACACCUGCUCACACCGGAAAAUGUGGACCUUAUGUUCGGGCGCCGCAGCAAGCCGCAUCUCAUGCAGCUGUAUAACGAGUAUAUGCACCAGAUGGUCCUGCUCCGCGAUGCGCUGCUCCCAUUCUACAACUAUGAGGAGGUCCUAAUCCCCGUUACCGGUGCGGGUCGUGGGUUAAGACAUAUGGAAGGUCCGAGGGAAGGGUUCAUGGCGAAGCUCUUCACAAAGCAGGUUACGCAGGCGUCUGUAAAUGAUAUGGCGAAGGCGCUCCUUGCGCCAGGGCUUUCGAAGACGGGAAGUGGGACCGGUGGAUAUGGGUUCCAGUAUUCAUCUGGGCUCGUCAUUCCGGCUGUCUUCGUUGAUGACGCUCGGCCACUUCAUCUCCUGCAGUAUGUCCCUGCGCAUGUUGAUCCCUCGCGUGGGGAGAUCUUGUUUGAGUAUCAGUUUCCGGAUUACUAUGAUGCGCCCAAGGCGGAGAUUCCGGCUGGGGAUGUGGUUCCUUCUUUGACCAGCUUCCCUGGGACCACGUCGUCAGGGUUGAAAGAGGUGGCCCUCGAAGUACAAUCGUCCGAGACACCGUCUCCCUCCGUCGCCCAGCUGAACCUCCGACUCUCCUUCGAAAACGGCCAGCACGCAACCGUCGAUGUCGGCCAGGUUGCCCGCGGACACAGGUACUCAUAUGAGGCCGGUGAAUCCGGGGAGUUUGAUGUGCCGAGCAUCGUGCACACGGCCCACGAUGUUCUCUUGGCUUCAGGAUCUGGACUUGUCACUGCGGACAAAGGGGGAUUCCAUGUUAUUUCGGCGGACGAGCGAAUUCUUGCUUUAGCGGUGCUGGGGAAGCUGUAUCCGGAGAACGUGGUGAGAUUGUCGAAGGGGGACACGUUAGAGAAGGCUGUGAAUGCAGGAAAGGGGUUUGAGCCGAAGUUCAUUGUUUGGGGGUAGUAGAUGACCGGGACCGUGGAUAUCGAGUUACUGACGUUCUUUCCUUUUGGCUUUUUCUUUUUGUUUGGCACUGAAUUUUGUCAUUUGACAAGGAUGAAGUUUGACAACUGUAUACUAUGCACGCAAUCAGGCCCCAGACUCACUUCAUGAUUGAUGCAAUACCCCCAGUGUCUCUUCGAGAGAAACAGCUCCAAAACCCUAUCUUGGCCAAUAGAACAUCCAGCAUGACACGCGAAGAAGCCUCCGUAUCCCCACUAAGAAUGUCAAUCACAUUAUCUUGAAGGACAUAUGCAUCAAAGUCCAGAUCGAAGAGCCUGUAUACUGUGGCCAUGAUAACGCCGGUGAGGGUUAAGUUAGCUUCUCUUCGACGCUGACACGCCUAUAAUGGUAGCAAAUAUGGCAGCACAGGAUACGUACGAUGAUAACAGUCUUCACCUCCCUCCCC